UUUCCACGUUUGUCCUUUUCUUGAUUCUGCGUAAUUAUAUAUCAUUUCCGUGAAGAGCAUUGAGACUCAGUUUGGAUAGCAGAGGGUGAGAAAUGGCAUCAGUGGAAGGGGAGAGAUUACUAGAAGGCCAAACACGAGUAUGGAAACUCAUGUUUGGCUUUGUAGACUCCUUGACAUUGAAGUGUGCUGUAGAGCUUCGAAUAGCUGAUAUAAUCAAUUCACAUGGUGGUCCGAUCUCCUUGUCCCAAAUUGCUUCAGGGAUUGAUUCACCUCAUCCUGAUCUUUCACACCUUGUGCGCAUAAUGAGAUACCUAGUUCGCAAACAAGUUUUCAGCGCACAUCAGCCAGAACCCCAUGGAGAGACUCUCUACGGGUUGACAGACACAUCCAAGUGGUUAUUAACCGACUCCGAUCUAAGCCUCAAUCCAAUGGUGAUUCUGCAAAACAACCCAUUUCAACUAGCCCCAUGGCACUGCCUUGGACAAUGCGUAAGAGAAGGUGGAAUUGCUUAUGAGAAGGCUCAUGGCUGCGAGAUGUGGGAUUUUGCUUCUCAGAACCCUGAAUUCAACAGAAUGUUCAACGAUGCCAUGGCUUAUACAGCCCAGAUUUUUGUGAAAGCAUUGGUUUCAGAUUACAAAGAUGGGUUUGAUGGUGUGGAAACAUUGGUGGAUGUUGCAGGUGGGAUUGGAAGGGUUUUGGGUGAGAUUGUGAAGGCCUACCCUCAUAUUAAAGGGAUAAAUUUGGAUUUGGGUCAUGUGAUUGCUACAGCACCGGAGUAUCCUGGGAUUACACAUGUUAUAGGUGACAUGUUUAAGUCCAUACCUAAGGCAGAUGCAGUUCUAAUGCAACUAUUGCAGAGGAUAAUGCACGAUUGGGAAGACGAGGAAUGUGUGAAGAUAUUGAAAAAUUGUCGAAAAGCCAUAGCGCAGGCGCAUAGAACUGGAAAGCUUAUUAUGGUUGAAAUUAUUUUACCACCCAAUGGCGGCAGCAGCAGCAGCAGCAGUUUUGGUGAUGUGGAUUUGGCAUAUGAUUUGCUGAUGUUUUCACAUAUGUCUGGAGGAAAGGAGAGAACUGAGGCUGAAUUUAAGAAAUUGUUAGAAGGAGGAGGAUUUCCUCGCCACAAAAUCAUUCAAAUUCCUGCUUUACUGUCCGUCAUCGAGGCAUAUCCAGAAUGACAUAAUAAAGUACUGCUGUGGAUUUGUUUUCUAUAACGUUUCGAUUCGGCCCACUACUGAAUAAGAGGCCUUGCUGGCUUCUGCUUCUGAACAAAAUAUGGCCUUCAACUUAGUUUUCUAUUGGGCCGGCACUUGUAUGAUGGGCCUAAUUAAUUUGCUGAACUUUAUCAUUGAUCUAUAAUUAAAUAUAAAAACUGAUUUCAAUUA